GAAAAGAAAGAAAAGAAAAGACAAGAAAAAAAGAAAAGAAAAGAAAAGAAAAAGAAAAGAAAAGAAAAAAGAAAAAAAGAAAAGAAAAGAAAAGAAAAGAAAAGAAAAGAA